AACGAAAGGAGGACUAGCUUGGAAUUGGCUCGGAGCCACAGACGGAAGUCGCGCUAAUUCAGACUCUGAAAUCACCUCAAACUUCUUCCUCAAACCUCACAUAACUUCCCUCCAUCAUCAACUCUCUGUUGAAGGUCUCUUCAUCCAACAUGGCGACCAAUGAAGGACCAUCUGAUUCGAACGCAUUCAGCGACCUCUUCAAUUUCGAGAAUGGCGACGUGACGAUCCAGGUUAACUACUACACGAAGCAAAUCACCGGCAAGGUCGUCUCGAUCGCUAUGGCAAUGGCCAGCACUGUCUGGAAGAAAUUCAUUUUUCCUCCUUGGACACAAGAUCAAUUGACUUCGACGGGGAAUGGAGAACGCGAUCUUCCUAGGCCAGCGAUGACCGUCCUACCUGUCGACAAGCUAGAUUUUCGAGAGGACGAUGGAGAUGCACUUCUGAUUCUGCUCCGGAUCGCUCAUCUUCAGUUCAAGCACGUGCCAUCAGUCGUCACGUUGGAUUUUCUGUAUAAUAUCGCGAUACUCUGCAAUCUAUACGACUGCGUCGAACUUGUCAAGCCUUGGCUUUCAUUGUGGCUGGAAGUCGCUCACAGGCGGGAGAGUCCUAAGCGUUUGAUUAUCGCUUGGACGUUCGGCAAGCAUGAGAUGUUUCAGGAAGCGUCUGAAGCUCUUACCUGGAAUCUUAGAGUCUCGAGAGAUGGUAGAACUUUCGUUGGCGGGGAGGACUUGGAUGGUAUCGUGUUCCCUCCGGGAAUUUUGGAAUCUAUGUUGAAGGUUCGGGAGACAGCAAUUCAGAGCAUUUUCGAUGUCUAUCUCAAAUGGAUUGGCAAUUACACCUGUAGCCCACACCGACGAUGCUCUCUCGAGAUGAACCAUUGCGACCCGAUCAUGUUAGGCAAUCUAAUUCGCAAACUGGUCGAACUUGAUCUUUGGCCAACGCCCAGCCCAGCGGACUGGACUGGCACUCCGCGGGGCUUGGUCUAUGUAGCCAAGCUCUCCUUCGAAAUUCCUCACAAGAACUGCUUGGAUGCUUUUGAGAAGGACUUCGAAUCCAGAACGGCACGUGAGACUCUCAUCGGAGACAUUGUAAGCGAGGCCGAAUUGCUCCACAUGGAAGGGCAAGCAAAAAGAUUACAGUAGAGAAUACACGAAAACAAGGUGGGAUCAUACGGAAAUGGUCUACUUGCUUGGAUCUCAUACAAAACCAAGGACUUGCAGUGGAGAUUGGAGCUACCAGUGUGUUGCUAAUUUGAUCAAUGGGAAUAUGAUUCGCUCUACUCACUCUUUCUGAUGAUCAUGUCACGUUGACUCAAAGUAAAACAACGAGACUGCAGUAGCGCCCUCGAACCGUAGGACUGAAAGUGGGCAUAAAGAC